CUCCGUCCUUUCUGCAGGAAAUAGAAAGUAGGCCACUCAGGAAAUGCAGGGAGCGAGAAGGCCAAACAAGUCCGUAAUAUUGCCAUGGACAUUGCGUCAACUGUACAUUUAGGUUUUGUACCGAUUAAACAUAACCGACUCUUCUUGUCGCUAAAGCUUCACCUGCUAGCUCAGCCCGCUCGCUGCUCACAAAGAGACGCGGAAGUUAGCCUCAUCUACCCAAGCAGAGAUCCAGUGUGUGCCUCCCGUGUUGGGAUUAAUUGAGUGAUUACUAUCAGUCUGUUUGGAUAGAAUGAUAGCGGAGUACGAGGAGGAAAUUUGUCGACCAAGAGAAGAAAACGAGCGGCAACGUCACUUACUGGAUUCUCUUUUAAAGCAUCAAGAUGAAAAGCACAGCGCAGAGUCCCCUUACAUUAAAGAGGAAGAACACGAACACAGCAUCGGUCAGGAAGAAGAGCAGUUUCGAGAGCUGGAAGACGCUGAUGUCACUGAGCAGUCCUUUAACUGUGUCAUUGUGAAGAGUGACGAUGACGACGGGGAUGGAGACCACUGUGGAGGAUCACAAGCAGACAACUUCUUAACUCCACUAUCAAACAGUGACAACACGUCACCCUCUCCUGACACAGAUGAUGACGAACACUGUAAAGGUGAUACGACGACUCACAGUGACUGCAAAGGAGACGACAGCAAAGAGUGUCUUCAUCCUGAACAUCAGGAAUGGAACUUCGGGGUGGAGCAGCAUGGGCCAGGGGCCCCAAAGGUAAAAAAGGAAGAGCAAAAUGACCCUUUGAUGAAAGAUGAAGAGCCACUGCCUUCACAUAAUAAAGAGGAUGAGGAGGAAAAGCACCUCAACAUUAAAGAGGAAGAAGAGGAGGAUGAUAUUACCACGUUUCCAUGGACUCGUGUCAUUGUGAAGAGUGAAGAUGAAGAGGACCAAGGUCAGUGGUCAAUGCUUCAUCUCGGUGAAAGUGAGGAGAACAGAAGGGAGGAGCCUCCAAGCAGCAGCUCAAGUCAAUACAUGACAGGGGAAGAUGAUGGAGACCCCUGUGGACAAUCACAAGCAGACAGCCUUUUCGCUCCACUAUCAGAGAGUGACGACAUAAUUUCACACACUUAUGACACCGAUGAUGACAAACACACUAAAGGGAAACCUUUUGCUUGUUCAGUCUGCCACACACGUUUUAGUGUUCAUUCACGUUUUGUUCAACAUAUGAGAAAGCAUACAGGGGAAAAGCCAUUUUCCUGCUCAGUUUGUGGUCAAAUAUUCUCUCAAAGAGGUGCGGUGACAAGACACACAAGAACACACUCUGGGGAGAAACCGUUUCCUUGUUCAGUCUGUGGUAAAGGAUUUACCCAAAAGGAACAUUUGGUAACACACACCAGAACACACACAGGAGAGAAACCUUAUUCCUGCUCAGUGUGUGGUAAAAGUUUCUCUAUAAAGGGAAAUUUGAUAACGCACACAAGAAUACACACUGGCGAGAAAUCUUUCGUAUGCUCAGUCUGUGACUUAAGUUUUGUUGAUCGUUCAUCAUUGGUUCAACACAUAAGAACCCACACGGGGGAGAAACCUUUUUCCUGUACAGUCUGUGGUAAAAAAUUCACUCAGAAGGGACAGUUGAACACACACUCAAGAACACAUACGGGAGAAAAACCUUUUGCCUGCACAGUCUGCAACUUGGGUUUUGGUGAUCGUUCCACGUUGGUUCUACACAUGAGAACGCACACUGGGGAGAAACCUUUUUCCUGCUCAGUUUGUAAUAAAAGAUUUGCCCAGAGGGCACACUUAAGAACACACACCAGGACACACACUGGAGAGAAACCUUUUGCGUGCUCUGUCUGCAGCACAAGUUUCGCUGAUCGGUCUUCAUUAGUUCAACACACGAGAAUUCACACUGGUGAGAAAGUGUUCAGUUGCAGUGUGUGUGAUCAAAGGUUCUCUUACAAGUAUCAAAUGAAAAAACACAAGUGUCCCGGGGAGAAGAGCAACAGCACAUGAAGCUGCAGAAUUUGUCUUAUGAAGAAACUAAAAAGCUGAGAAAGUUUGCGUGGUCACAUGGAAAAACAAUUUAUAUAUGAUCCUCGAUGAAACUAGUCUUCAAAGUCUACAACGACACGAUACAAUACAGUAAUUGUCAGAACAUUACAUGAUUUGCUUGAUAAUUGAUUUUGUUGAUUACAUGACAAGUUUCUGAUUUAAUAGAAUCAUCUUUAUUCUCCACGCAAGGAAUUUGUAACAUUGGUAACACUUUCGAUAGCAGCACAACACUGACUGACUGUUGCACAUCAUCAGAUAAUGGCUUGUAUUUGUAUUUAGAUUUGGUGAAAUGUGGUUCAUCUCUCAAAGGCAUUCUUGAACACAUUUUCUGUAACUAAACAGAUUCAGUAAUGAUCAAGGGUCUCCUGCAAUUGCUGUUGUGCUGAUGAGACAGUGUAUUGUACCCUGCAAGCUGCUGUGUCCAACCUCUGCUCUUCCACGGAAUUAAAUGACAGAAAGAUCACUCCUAAUA